AUGGCUUCAAUUGCUGCUUCUCUAGUUUGUACGAAUGGACUCAAGAAACGAUCUCGAUUGAAUGAAUCAUUUGAUCUCUCAAGAAAGAAACGUCAACGUUGUGUAGGUGAGAAUACUACGACAAGUGCGACUGAAGAUACAAUCGAUGAGAGUGAUGUGGUCAAGUCUUGUCAACGACAUGUGGCAUACUUUGAACAAAAUGUGAAACAAGCUGAAAUAGCUCGAAUGAAGACCGAGUAUGAUCAUUUUCUGAUGAAGAAAGAGGUGGAAUUUCAACAACUUGGUCAAGAAUUACAACAAACACAAGAUCGUAUGAUGCAUCAAGCGAAUGAGUUGAUGCGACUUCAAGGAGAAAACAAAUUAUUGAAACGUGCGGUUGCGAUUCAAAAUCAACAAAAGGACGAAGUGCAGCAGGAGAAUAAAACAUUGAAACAAUUGACAACACAAGCUGCAGAACAUAUCAAACGUCUUGAACAGGCUAAUUAUACGCUUCGAGUUCAUCUUCAGACUAGCACAAAUGCAACGAUUGGGUAUCGUCAACCACCUGAUGUGUACUAG